CUUUCUUUCUUUCUUUCGUCUUCACUGCUGUUGGGGCUUUUCGGACUCGCCGCUCUGCUGGUGGCUGGUGCGCCAGGACAAGUUCUAGCAUGUCAAGCUGUCCAGGACCAUGCGUGAGCUGUGCACUCAUGUGCCUGUAAGGUUCCUUAGAGGCCCCCUAAUCAGAUGCUGGCAGGUUGUCUUGGGGCUGUGGUUCGUGGGUCGGGUCGAGCUUUCCAAGGCGGCUGGUCGCGCUUGCCACCAGCUAGCCUCCUGCCAGGAAAUGAGAUGCAGCAAAUCAAGCAGGCGCGAUGCAACGCUGGCACCAACAUCAGAGACAACCUCGACUAGGUAAGGUAUCCUCCUGCCAAUCCUGUUCCGUUCCUGCCUGCCAUUUUUAGGUACCCUGAUAAUAAUGAACCUGGCCUGGUGGCUGCCAUGCUUCCCUGGCAUCACAUCCUGGCACCUGCCAUGCCAUGCCGCCUUGUCACAUUCGCUGUUCCCCUGGCGCGUGCACCACUCUCGGGUGCACAAGGUGCACAAGGUGCAGGAGCAGAGGAUCGUCAGGUCCCGCAGCCGCUCUUGCCAACAGCCAACCGCGCCUGUUUCAGAAAUUCAGGGCCUGGCCAACUCCGCCAAAUCGAGCUCCACCCUCCGUGCUUCGCUGCAGACGCAACCCUCAACCUCCCCCCUGUCAUCCUCGCCCUCGGGUUCCCACCCGUUCUUCGUCAGUGGCAAUUUGCGGAGGCCACAUGUUCCUGCUGCUAAGGUCUUUUUCUGCUUCCGUCCAAGGGGUCAUCAGCCAUUCGCUCCCCCUCCUCGGCCCACCGUCUGGAGUGGCGCAGCACAUGUUCGUCGCCAGGGCCAGGUGUCGGCGUUUGACGACGACCGCACAAGCAUCACAACGAUCCGAACGCAACAAGUUGUCUGCCCGAAGCGCCGCCAAGCAAGUGCCGUCCCAUCAGGGGCCAUAUGUCAUCAUGGCCCGUUUGGUAGAUGCGACAAUGUCGAGCGACUUCUCGAUGAAUGCAGCCCAACAAGUGUUGGAUCUCAGGAAAACCUCGAUACAUGAGUGAACCGCCCAUGCUCACUGCCAAUCUGCCAGUGCACUGUCACCGCUCUUGAUGCCAGCGACGUCGAGCCCGUAGCUCCACACCGGCUGCCUCUUCGCCUUGUCCCGUGCGUCUUUGGCUGUCUCAAGUUCAUCCGUGCCGUUCAGAUACAAGAGC